AAGCCAUACCCAAACCCAAGGGAAUCGAAGACCUUGUUCUUCAACGACGAAAACACAACCUCCAUAGAAACUUUUAUAAACACUUUGUCUAUUUAAUCAACAGAAAAGUCAACUGGUAGGCAUACCCAUAUUUAUCCUCAUAUCAUUGAACACUUUGGUAAUACUGCAGGUUGUCAGUUUUAGGGAUUUAAGGAUUAUCUAAAAUUGAUGUUAAUUACUAGAGGAGUACUUACUUUUUAUGGAUAACUUAUGCUGCUUCAGUUCUGCCAAUUCUCAGCUUGCAGGAGGACGGUCAUCAGGUGGCAAAGGCAGAAGCCAUCAAGGGCCUGCCAAGUAUGGGUUCACCCUGGUUAAGGGGAAAGCAAAUCAUCCAAUGGAGGAUUAUCAUGUUGCUAAAUUCAUGCAGUUGCGCAAAGGGGAACUAGGACUUUUUGCUAUUUAUGAUGGGCAUUCAGGAGACGAUGUGGCUACCUAUUUACAGAAGCAUUUGUUCUCCAAUAUCUUAAAGGAGGAGGAAUUUUGGACCGACCCUCUGAACUCAAUCUUACAAGCUUAUGAGAGAACAGAUCAGGCUAUUCUCUCACAUACUCCUGAUCUAGGACAAGGAGGGUCGACUGCAGUGACUGCAAUACUUAUAAAUGGGCGAAAGUUAUGGAUAGCAAAUGUUGGAGAUUCCAGAGCAGUGCUUUCAAAGAGGGGGAAGGCGAUACAAAUGAGCAUUGAUCAUGAACCACACACAGAGCGGGGAAGCAUUGAGAACAAAGGUGGCUUUGUCACAAAAAUGCCAGGAGAUGUUGCUAGAGUGAAUGGUCAACUAGCUGUAUCUCGCGCUUUUGGAGACAAGAACCUGAAAUCACACCUGCGCUCUGAUCCUGAUGUAAGAACCAUCGAUGUUGAUGGAGACACAGAUCUUCUCAUCCUUGCAAGUGAUGGCCUAUGGAAGGUAAUGUCUAAUCAAGAGGCAGUUGACAUCGCGAAGAAGGUUAAGGACCCACAGAAGGCAUCCAAGCAAUUAGCCAUCGAAGCGUUAACUAGAGAAAGUAAAGAUGAUAUCUCAUGCAUCGUUGUCCGAUUUAAGGGGUAAGUGUGCAGAAGUUAAAACACUAUAGUUAAUAGAGGGGUAUUUGUAAGAAUGAGAUGCAACUCCUAGAUUCAUAGAAGCUUGAAAUCUCCAGAAUCCAGCAUAAGUAUUUGUAUUUAUACAUACGAUCCCUCGCCCCUUGUUUGUAAUUUUCAAGUUGUUCAUUCAGCUUGUGUGGUAAUUAUCUGUUGAUUUUUUUCUACUUGGUAGAUUAGAUUCUUGAGGAUUGAAUUUUGUGUUAUUUGCAUAAAGACUUGCAUUUUGUAAGCAAAACGGUUCUUGGUGUAAUCAUGAUAAUGGUCAAGGCAAACCUAUACUGUA